AUGACGUCAGGCCUUAGUAAACUUUGACGCAAUGUUGUUAUAGCCUGGCUCCCAGACUCCGCGAUAGGCCAUGGCGAUACCGACCCCUUAGGCUAUAUCCUUUGGCUGGCCAUACAGCCUAAGUAUAAACGCACGCGGGCCUGCGGUCGAAUUUCCUCGGAGCAAGUUAACCCUGGAGCCGAGGAGCUAGCCUGUAGAGACCCUGGAAACAGUCUGGCACCAAGGCUAAGUUGUCCCGGCCACAUGUUCGCCACAUAACACACCUGCACGCCGGUCAAACCACGCCGCUAGAACAUGGCUUCGCUUAACGAGUCGGAUAUACCGUUCCCCUUUCCUCUAACGCAGUUUGAGGCCGGGGUCGACGCUGUGAGUUUACAACGGUGGUUCAAGACGAUCUGGCCGUGGUGCUUCCCCUGCUCGGCAGCGUACGUCCUGCUGGUGUUCGGCGGCAGGAGGCUCAUGAGGGCCCGAGAGCCGUUCCGCUUGCGGCUCCCCUUGGUUCUGUGGAACCUGGCGAUGGCGCUGUUCAGUACUGUUGGCGCCCUGCGGUACGUCCCCCCUCUCCUGUACACCGUACGGCACCAGGGGUUCCUCCGGUCCGUGUGUGAACAGCACUACACCCGCCCUGUCACCGGGCUCUGGUCAGCGCUCUACAUCUUCAGCAAGCUGGUGGAGUUCGGCGACACGUCCUUCAUCGUGCUGAGGAAACGGCCACUCAUCUUCCUCCACUGGUACCACCACGUGCUCACCUGUAUCUACAGCUGGUACGGGCUGGCACACCUGGUCGCACCUGCCAGAUACUACGGCGCGAUGAACUUCUGCAUCCACUCCCUGAUGUACUCGUACUACGCGGUCCGGGCCGCGGGUUUCCGGCUACCCAAAGGCCUGUCUAUGGUCAUCACUCUGCUGCAGAUCGUGCAGAUGGUCGCAGGUCUGCUUAUUGCCGUUGUUGCCCACCUGGCGUUCCGGGCGGGGGAGCCCUGUGAUUGGUCGCUGUUUGAUUCGCUCUUAACCGGUCUGAUGUACGGGAGCUACUUCUUUCUGUUCGUCAACUUCUUCCACAAGUCUUACGUCUCCAGAUCUUCAAGGAGCAAGAAGGAAUAAGGACAUGUCAAGUGUCUUAAUUUACCUCCUUCUCUUCGUCAACGUGCUUCUACAAAUCUUACGUCUCCAGGUCUACAAGAAGCAAGAAGAAACAAGGACAUGCAAACUGUCUUAAUGUACACCGUCUCCUUCGUCAAUUUCUUCCACAAGUCUUACGUCUCCAGGUCUACAAGGAGCAAGAAGGAAUAAGGGCAUUCCAUAUGUCUUAAGUUAUCACCUCCUCUUCCUUCUUCUACACUCCUUCGUCUUAAUGUCUCAAAGGAACAAGGAGGAAUAAAAAGACGUACUUACUGUUUUAAGUUACCUUCUCUUUGUCAACGUCUUCAACAUGUCUUACCCCUCUAGGGGGCAAAAAGGAAUAAGUUCAUGCCAGAUGUCUUAGUUAUCAUCUUGAAAUUCCAUGUCUGCUACUCUUUAGGAGUUUCUUCUUGUGUAAGAUGCUCCGCUCAUGUUUUGCGACUUGUUUACUUUCUUUUAUACCAGCUCUGUGAUAAACUUGAGCGAAAAAAAAAACACAUCGAAAGUUGGUCUUGCUUGGGUGAACCAAGCCUGAAAUAAAGAUCAACAAACACCCGGCCUACAUAAGUUUGUAAAAUAAAACAAAAUACAUGAUCAGAAUUGUUGCAUAUCUGUCUGGAAUUUUUUUUAAGUCACACGAUCAUAUACCAGCAAGUCGGAGACUGUGCCCUACGUGCAAAAAAAACUACUCAAAAAGAACGUAAAAUAACAAAUUACGAACAUCAUAUGAAGCUAUGAGGUAUACAUGCAACACCCCCAAAUUGUGUCUGCCAUCAAUAUUGCAUAGCUUUGGAUCUUCGUACAUACUGUACUAGAUUAAUUCAACAAGGCCGUAGUCCUAUAAAACGUAUUUCCUCACAUUGUAACUUAUUCUUGUGCAAUACACUUUGACCUGACUUUUGAAACAUGCGUGAUAAUUAGAAAUUUCAUC